CUCAUUUGCAGACGGUGACAUUUACAUUGUGUCACGCCUACUAGGCGUGGAGUCGUGUCUCCGUUCCACCAGGCUCUCACUGGGGACGGAGGGAUUACCGAGUGGACCAUAGAUGGCCCGGACACAGGAGAUUCUCUUUUCUUUUUUCCUGUAGGGUGCUAUAACCAUAACAAACAGCUAUGCCGCCACCAGCUGACAUUGUGAAGGUUGCGAUUGAGUGGCCUGGUGCCAAUGCUCAGCUUAUAGAAAUGGACCAGAAAAGACCCCUAUCCUCUAUAAUACGGGAAGUAUGUGACGGAUGGUCUUUGUCGGGCUCUGAGCAGUUUGCUCUCCGUUACGCUGAUGGUCCUCAGCUAUAUAUCACUGAACAGAGCCGUGGCGACAUUAAAAAUGGGACUAUUCUUCGAUUAGCAAUUUCCCCAGCUCGUGCCGCCCGUCAACUCUUGGAGAGGAUUCAGUCGCAUAGUAUUGAUGCUCGCCUUGAGGCUCUGAAGGAGCUCGCAAAGCUGUCUGCAGAUCCGACCUUUGCUGCAGAGUUCAUAAAUAUGGAGGGCAUAGGGACACUGGCACGGCUUGUAGAGAGUGGCACCCAUUUUGGGGAAAUGUUGGCCUUUACUCUCACUGCUUUUCUGGAGUUGAUGGAUCAUGGCAUUGUAUCCUGGGAUCUUAUCUCCCUCUCUUUCAUCAAACAGAUUGCAGGCUAUGUGAACCAGCCCAUGGUGGAUGUGUCCAUCCUGCAGCGCUCGCUGGCCAUCCUGGAGAGCAUGGUCCUGAACAGCCACAGUCUCUACCAUCGAGUGGCCCAGGAGAUCACCGUGGGACAGCUCAUCGGGCACCUGCAAGUGUCAAAUCAGGAAAUCCAGACCUACGCCAUCGCUCUCAUCAACGCUCUUUUCCUGAAAGCGCCAGAAGACAGACGGCAGGAGGAGUAUACUAACCCACUGGAGCAGCACCUUACUGAAAUGGCAAGCACUUUGGCUCAGAAACACCUGCGGUCCAUAAUCCUAAAUCACGUCAUCAGGGGAAAUCGACCUAUAAAAGCAGAGAUGGCACAUCAGCUUUAUGUGCUGCAGGUGUUGACCUUUAACCUUUUGGAGGAAAGAAUGAUGACAAAAAUGGAUCCCAAUGACCAGGCUCAGAGGGACAUAAUUUUUGAGCUACGUAGAAUUGCCUUUGAUGGAGACACUGAUCCCACCGGUACAGAGAAGAGGAAAGCAAUGUACACCAAGGACUACAAGAUGUUAGGAUUCACUAAUCAUUUAAACCCAGCCAUGGACUUUACCCAGACUCCCCCUGGGAUGCUGGCUCUGGAUAACAUGCUGUAUCUGGCCAGGGUUCAUCAGGAUACUUACAUCAGGAUCGUCCUGGAGAACAGCAGUCGAGAGGACAAGCAUGAGUGUCCCUUUGGCCGGUGUGCAAUUGAACUCACUCGAAUGCUAUGUGAGAUACUCCAGGUUGGAGAACUGCCAAACGAGGGCUGCAACGAUUAUCACCCCAUGUUCUUCACUCAUGACCGAGCGUGGGAGGAGUUUUUCUGCGUCUGCAUCCAGCUGCUUAAUAAAACAUGGAAGGAGAUGAGAGCCACAGCUGAGGACUUCAACAAGGUAAUGCAGGUGGUCCGGGAACAGAUCACCAGGGCUCUGGCCAUGAAGCCGUCCUCUAUAGACCAGCUGAAGAACAAGCUGCGAGGCCUCAACUAUUCCGAGAUACUGCGUCUGCGGCAGUCAGAAAGGAUGAGCCAGGAUGACUUCCAGUCUCCGCCCAUCAUAGAACUGCGGGAGAGAAUUCAACCCGAGAUCUUAGAGCUCAUCAAGCAGCAACGGCUCAACCGGUUAUGUGAGGGAAGCUGCUUCCGUAAACUGGGAAAUCGUCGAAGGCAAGAAAAGUUCUGGUUCUGCCGAUUAUCUCUUAACCACAAAGUUCUGCACUACGGGGAUUUGGAGGAGUCACCUCAGGGUGAAGUGCCGUUUGAGCUGCUAAGUGACAAGAUCCCUGUUUCAGAUAUCAAGUCUGUGUUAACAGGAAAGGACUGCCCUCAUAUGAAAGAGAAAAGUGCUCUAAAACAAAACAAGGAGGUGCUGGAGUUGGCCUUCUCUGUCCUCUACGAUCCAGACGAAACGCUUAAUUUUGUUGCACCGAACAAAUAUGAGUAUUGCAUCUGGACCGACGGGCUAUGUGCGCUGCUGGGGAGAGAGAUGGGCAGUGACCUGACACGCAGCGACCUAGAUACUCUCAUAAGUAUGGAGAUGAAGCUCCGCCUCCUCGACCUUGAGAACAUCACAAUCCCCGAAGCCCCGCCUCCAGUGCCAAAGGAGCCUAGCUCUUAUAACUUCACCUACAACUACAGCUGAGUCGUGUGUGUGCUUCUGUGUGUGCUCAAAUGCCAUGCAUGUAUAUGUUGAUAAAAGAUACGUUUACUCAUCCUUUGAUGAAUUUAGCUGCUUACAUUUCUAACAGUUGAUUUUUUUUCUUCUUUCCAGAACUUUAAACAAAUGUUUAUGAUGCAGUAUGGUUGCUAGAUUUAAAAACACAAUGUUAUAAUAGCUUUACGGUGAGGUCAGAGGUUAAACUUUACUUAACAGUUGAGAACCCUGGCCGCAUCUUCACUUUUCUGUUGUGCACAGAGAUUAAAUAUGGCUGACAUGGAUCGAAACCUGCAGACGAGCUUUUACUUUCUUGGUAAAAUGAAGGUGUUGUUGCUAAGUCAAGCCAUGUUUGAUAGCCAUGGCAACUGGGAAUGAAGGGGCUACUGUUUCAGUUUAAAUCUUGCUGUGAUGCUUUUCAUCCCUUCAUAUGUACAGUAAAAUGCAAUCAACUCCUACAUUAUUGCCUCAUUAAUAUCAAACAUGUUGUACUGUAAUUAGAUGGCUAAGAUGGACGUUUUCUCUGUAAUGGUCUGUUUCUGCUAUGAAAUGAGAUGUUCAUGUGUUAGAGAACUGUCCCCAGAAAUGUGUAUCUCUGUUGAAGAUACUCAUAUCCAAAGACCAGCAUCCAGUCUAGUGGUGCACCCAAAACGCAAGAAAUUGUAAAAGAAAUGAAGUUUAAGUCCCGUGGUAUGUAGUGUGGUGGUACUUAGAAAGCGUAGUAUUGACUGAGGUGGUACUUGUUAUAAGAAGUUUAGGAACCACUGACUCAAGGAACAGUCAGAAUAUGUUCUCUGAACCUUUGGUUCAGUCUCAUGUCCAGCAUGUUAAAAUCUUAAAAUGUAUUGCCUUACCACUAUAACUUGCCCUAGUAUUAUAUGGAACAUGUGGCAUACCUGUAUAAUCUAGUUGUAGCAGACAUAAAGAUAUUAUAAGAGAGAAUGUUAUUGUCUGUGAAGUAGAGAUCCAUUAAUCAAUCGGCCAAAGAUCGGAAUCUGAUAAUUUUCCAGAUUAUGAAAAAUCUUUUUUUUUUUCUUUCCCCUACAUCAAAACUAACUUUAUUGACUAUAUGGUUCAUAAAUAUCACAGUGUUUUCUGUUGGAUUUAAAAGUAAUGUCUCACUCAAAGAACCUGCAGCUCAGUUUAUGCCUUUUAUGUGUUAAAGACUUUAGAAUAAAAAAUCUAAAUCAGUCAAGAUCAAAAUCUACAGGUCAGACCUCAAAGAAAACUGGAAAUUAGCUUUGGUCAAGAAAAACCUAAUCAAUUGCAGCUUUAUGAAGUGGUGUUUAAAGGUGUUUUAUAAACAGUUAACUAGAGUAUACAUAAAUACACAGUAUACAACUAUAAUAUACCUCUGUAAUUAUGUCUUGUUAAACAACAAUUUAACAGUGUUAAAAAUCAUUCAAAUAUUUUUUUCUCUUCCAUGUUGUGCAUAUAUGUGAAACAGGAAAAACCUUUUUUAUGGGUAAAUAAUCACAUGAUGCCCAAGUUACACUGUCACAUAAAAUGGUUAUUAUUUCAGGUACUUAACAACUGUCUAAUCACAGAUGUACUAAAAUGGCUACAACUACAUCAUGUUGGAUGUAAAGUAAGUAACUUUUGAAUUUGUUUUGAAUAUAAAUGCUACAUUAGGUCAGCAUUAUAGUAAAGUGGGACUGUGUUUUGACAGUUUAAAGCAUGGUGUUUCAUUGUGGGUUUGGAUCAUAAACACAUAUCUGACAUUGCACAAGUGAGGGAUGCUGCCUUUAUUUGUUCUACCUAUUUAGCAGUUGAACACAUUUACUCACAAUGCACAGACCAGCAGAUUUAAGGAGGUUCUCUGCAAUCUAUUCAUGGAGCUGUGCUAGGCAACACCAUGCUCCAAUAAAGUGCAUGCAAACCCUCCAAAAACCAGAUACAUCUGUUACUGCUCAUGCAUCACAUGAACACAGGAUUGUGUGUUUUCAAGUGAGCGCAGUUGUUUGUUGUCACUUUCUAUUUCCACAUAGUAUUUCCUGGCCCUGUACUUUAGGCUUGAUGGCUGAUGCUAAGCACUGCUACUAUUUGUUAAUGCACUAUAGAAUUAUAUUUUUGUAAAUGACUACACAUGUUUCUCAUGAAAUGGGGUAUUGCUCUAAGAAGGGGUUCCUACACAGUCUGCUUUCCAGUGUUUCCAAGUUCUGGAUCAUUAAGGAGAAAAGUAAAAUACGUGUUAUUUCAGGCUUUUGUUUCCCUUUGCAACGUUAAAACUAAAAGAAUGAAUUUCCAAAAAUAAAUUGCUCAAAGAAGCAGAGUAUUCUAUUUUUACUAAUAAAAGAUGAUCAUUGCCAUAUUUUUAGUUCAGUUAAACAUCUGAUGAGCCUAGCUAAUUUGCUAAAAGUUGCACAUUAAAUGUAGGUGGUUUUUCCAGUUUACCCUGAAUUGAAACAUCCAAGAACAUCUAAGAACACUUUAAUGUUUGGAUUGCAUCCCUAAACUCAAUAUGUUAUCCAUUCUUUGGGUAUGGCCUCUACAGAAUAUAUUCAGUAAAUGUUUGUAGGUGAAAACGUAGUGAGAUGUCUGGAGAUUGAAGUCUGUAAAAGGAGAGUUUUAAAAUUGGAAAUGUGAAGGGACCCUGUCUAUGAGUGUUUUUGCAUUCAGUUUGUGAGUUCAACAUGCUCAUUAUACACGGAACCAAAUGCAUUAUAUUGUUUAGUAAGGACGCCAUUCCCAGAAUCUACUGUAACUAUGAUGUCAGGUUGUACUGAAAACCUAUGUAACUGUUGAUGCUAAUGUAACAGAGGGAACAUUGUGUAUAAGAUUUGCUUUUUCCAAGUUUGGUUUUAAUCUGAUAUUGGAAAUUCAAGUAGUUAAAAAAAUAAGUUCAGUUCAUAUCAGUGUAGGCCGAGGAAAACACUAUCAAACUUAGAAAGUACAUUUUCAUCAGUUGAAUAUGCACUGUGUAAAAGAUGCAGUUCCCUCCCGGCCUUUAUGUUUACCAAAUGUUUUUUUUUAUUUUUAUUGUAGUGAAUUAGUGAAAAAAGCUGACCUGGUCUUUCUUUUGUUCAUCCUGUCUAAAGCAUAGUACUCUGAGCUCUAAGAGUCACCUUACCACCCAUAAUCAAACCAGUAACUAAACUAGGUGACUAUGUUCUUACAUCAACUACUGUUGCAACAAAUAAUCGUAAUAUUUUACAUAACUGGGUAACUCUUGCCUUGAAUGAACAAGGAUUUGAAGUUUUUAGAUCUGGUACUCUUUUACAUGACUUACAAAAAUGUAUUUACACUAUGUAGUUCUACUAAAGAAUGACAGAGUUGUAUACAUAUUUGAAUAUGGUAUACAUAUAUAUAAUUUUAUGUAUAUACAGUAAUGUCUUGCCUUAUUGAAGAAUUGUAUUAUGUUUUGCGUGAAUAAAGAAGUCCUAACUAAUG